AUGUUCAGAAAUAUUAUGCUUACAUCCUUGUAUGGAAUUAUUUUUGUGAUAACUUUGAUCCUAAUACAUGCGCAAAGAAAGAUCAGGAGAUUAAGACACAACCCUGGUCAGAUUAUCUUGGGAAUUCUUAUCUCUCAAUCUAUAAUGAGUCUCUUUCUUAUGUUUAGCCAGUUUUAUUAAGUUGAUGACUCAUUAGAUUAAUAAGAAAAUAUUUUGUCUAUUAAUGAGAAGACUUGCCAAAUGAUUGCCAUUCCUUCUUUGAUAGUCUCAAUUGUUUAUAAUUUAUUGAACACAUUAUUGAUAGUUAACCUAUAUUGUUAGAUUUAUGCUAAGAAUUACAAUGAUUUCAAUAUAUCAAGGGAGAUCAAGAUAGGAAUAUUUGCAGCAGCAUUGAUUUCUUUGAUACUCGUAGUGGUUUUUGAUGAUUUAGGUGUAAGUAUUUUAGGAGAUUGUAACUUAAAAUCACACAAUGUGUUUUCAACAUUCUUAGUAUAUCUAAGAGGUAUUGUGAUGAUAAUUCUAUCAACGAUGUUAAUGAAGUUGUUAAAGUAUCCUCCAGAGAUAUUACAAACGGAAAUAUACAAGACUGUAAUUGAUAAGUUCAUAAAGAAAUACCUGCAAACUUACAUUAAAAUAAAUGUUACUUACGGAUUGCUAUAUGUAUUUGCGAGAUUGCUGAUACCUGUGGUUAUAAAUUACUUUUAGGAUGAUGAAAGAUUAAGAAUUGUGUGUCAAUUCGUUUAAGUGAUAGCCACAUUAAUGAUGACCAUAAUUCGAUUGUAUGAGCCAAUAAUCCAUAGACACGUGAGAUAUUUAUUUCGUCCGAAAAAGUUGGUUCUGUAAUAGAGACUCUUGGAUACAAAUAAUGAGGAGAGGUCAGACACGAUACAGAAGUCUUAUGAAAACAUUCAAAUCGAGACCAAAGGCCAAGAUAUAAAUAGUAUUGAAAUCAAAGUUUACAGAUAAAAAAAGAACAAUACUAUUUCAUUGUCUUUGGAAUCCUUUUAGCCACUUUAAUUAUUGCCUUAAGAAACCGUAUACGAAGAUCCUUAGUAGUUAUUAAAAGGCAUUCAACAUGUUGGUCAUAAUUAAUUGAGAUUAUUCCUUUAUGCAAGUUAUGAGAUGUUAGAAGAUGGCCAAAAUCUAUUAAAUAACGAGAUGACUCACUUUCAAUUCAAUAAGAUGUUAUAGAAAGCAAUUCAAAUAAGUAACAAUAACAAUAUUCUGAUUACAACUUUUGGUUAGGAUAUUCUGAAUUAAAAAGUAAGAGAGUAUUUUGGAAUUACAAUGAAAGAAAUAAAAAUGUCGUUAGAUGUAGAAAAGAAUGUCGAAUGUGUAAAAUAAUAAUAAUAAGGAAUUAACCGUGAAGGGACUUUCUUCUUAUCUCAUGAUAAUCUAAUUUCAGUUGAAUUUAUUACCAAUGAAUAGAAGAGACAAUUAACUAAAGGUGGAGGAUUGUAAUAAUUAUGGUUAAGGUAUGAGUAGGAAUUCAUGUGUGGUUUGGGAAUCUUCUUACCAGUUAUAAUAGGUUUGCAUUCGUAUAAUAUUGAUGAUAAUCAUUACACUUUGGUUUUUAAAUUGAAUAGAUUAAAAUUGAAAUAUCCGUUACUCGAUGAUUAAUGGUCUCAAUAAUCAGUGUUAAACAGAUUGAUAGAAUAAAAUAUCAUUGGCUGGAUAACCAUAGACAAUGGAAUCUAUCAUAAGAGGUAUUUAGCAAGCGAAGUUUCUGAUGAUAAAUACAAAAUUGUUUUUAAAAGGAGUGAUUAUUUGUUAGCUGAAAACGAUAAACAAUCUCUCAUUGACAUGAUAAAAAGAGAUUACGUUACGAUGGUUUAAAUGAAAUGCUCAAUGACUAUGCAUUUCAUUUUCACAAAACAUACAUCCUCAAGAUUGAACAGUCUAGUAGGAAAGGAGAAAUAGGUGGAUUAGGAUUAAUCAAUUGAGACGCAACCUAAUAGGAAACCUAAUCUCUGUAUAGGGCAGAUGGCUUCCUUUGAGUUGAAAACGAAGUUAGGUUAUGUUGAGGUGUUUUGGGAUGAUUGUUGGAAAUAUUCAGAACCUGAAAUUGAUAAAGUCUUAGACCUCAUCAUUAAUAAAUUCUGA